AUGGACAUCGACUGCGAUGGUACCCAAGGAGGCCCAGCCGACGAUGGGCGAUGCGGAAAGUCAACCGAUACUCAAUCCCAGACUUCAUUCAAGGACGUAAUCGCAAGUUAUAAGAAGGGAGUGAGCGACCUCGAUGCAAAGAUCCACCCUUACGUUGUCUUUGGAAAUACCGGGACGAAGUCUGGGUAUACCAACUUCGACCCUGAACAAUAUGGAAUCGAGCCGUUGAGUGUCAUGGCUGUUGUUUGUGGUGAGAAGCUGGUAUAUGGCAUCUGGGGCGAUGAGAAUGGCGAUGAUGGGGACCACCCGAUGGUUGGCGAGGCCUCAAUAUCGCUAGCCACCGCAUGUUUUGGUCAAGGCGUCAAUGGCAACAGCGGACAUGACGAAGAUGAUGUACUGUACAUUGCAUUCCCUGGUUCCGACGCUGUCCCUGGCGCCGAUGGCGCUGACUGGGGAGCGAAGAGUCAGGCAGACUUCGCUAGCAGCAUUCAGUCCUUGGGGGACAAGCUGAUCAAACGCAUCGGUUCGACGGGGAAUUCAACAGGAGACUCAGAGCCAGACCCAACCACACAGGUACCGACCUCGACCUCCAGCGCUGCCUCAUACUCAGAACCGGCGCAGGCAUGUGCUUGGAGUGGACAUUGUGCUGGUAAGUGUUUUCGCAGGAUAGAGCUGUGCUUAAGCCAUUUCACCACCGAUGAUUAA